CGCGGAGUGUUGUAGCCCGCAGAGGCGCGCGCGUGACCGAGCUCCGAGUUCACUCCAGAGGAAAACCGGUUGUGUUUGAGUGUAGAUCAGGAUGAGUGACCAGUUCAACUGUGAGAACUGUAACGAGUCUCUGUACGGGCGAAAGUACAUCCAGGUGGACGACGUCCCUCACUGUGUCCCCUGCUACGAUCGUCUCUACGCCAACGUCUGCCAGGGCUGCAAAGAGCUUAUCGGACACAACUCACGGGAGUUGUACUAUGAUGACCACCACUACCAUGAGGAGUGUUUCCGUUGCUCCCACUGCAGUCGCUCGCUUGCCAAUGAACCUUUCACCUGCCAGGACGAAGCCCUUCUGUGUAACGACUGCUACUGCAGCGAGUUCUCCUCCAAAUGUGUCGCCUGCAACAAGACCUUCAUGCCAGGAUCGAAGAAGUUGGAGUACGGUGGUUCUACCUGGCACGAGGAGUGUUUUGUGUGUUGUGUGUGUCAGCAGUCUUUGGGCUCGCAGUCUUUUAUCCCUGAUAAGGACCAGUAUUACUGCGUGCCCUGCUAUGAGGGACGCUUCGCCCCUCGCUGCAGUCACUGCAAACAGAUACUGGUGCAGGGCGGGGUGACAUACCAGGACGAGCCGUGGCACAGGGAGUGUUUCCUGUGCACAGGCUGUAAAAUGCAGUUGGCAGGUCAACCCUUCACCUCUCAGGGGGACAAACCUUACUGCGUCAAGUGCUUCAGCCGCCUGUACGCACAGAAAUGCACCGCCUGCAACAAAGCCAUCACAGGUUUUGGUGAUGGAAAGUACGUUUCCUUCGAGGACCACCAGUGGCAUCAGUCGUGCUUUAAGUGCUCCGGAUGCUCCGUCUCUCUGGUCGGAGCCGGAUUUUUCCCCAGCGGCUCAAAGAUCCUGUGUAAAGACUGUAACAACUAAAACACAGAUUGUGUGUGUGUGUGUGUGUGUGUGUGUGUGUGUGUGUGUGUGAACCUGAACAUUGAUUCAGGAUCAGGUGUUGGAGAUCCAGCCUGGUCAAACCUGACGUUUUUAUUUUAUCGGUUUUGUUUUUAAACGUUUUGACAUUCUAUAUAAACUAAUCUGUGUGUGUGUGUGUGUGUGUGUGUGUGUGUGUGUGUGUGUGUGUGUGUGUGUGUGUGUGUGUGUGUAAUCUGUUUAUUAUUUCAAAGCAGUGUUUAUUCUGAAGAAAUUAUUCACACUAUACCGUGUGCAGUGACUCCCCACACUUCCAUUUCUACACUUGAUUUGAGUUUUAUAAGAUUGAAUAUUGUUUGCACGUCCUUCAAUCGAGAUUUGGCACCAGAUUCCGAAAAAAGAUUUGAGGGUAUGAACCUGAUUCGGGGGGAGUGUCUGUGCUUGACUUAAGGAUGUCACAAAAAAAGCUAGACCAAUCCUGUGUGAUAUGCAAAUUACCAUAUAAGCAUUAUUUGAGACUCUGAGGAGCUCUGAAUAUAGAUUUAAACGAGCGAGUCAGAUACAGUGCUCCUACAGCAUAGAGUUAUAAGGGCCUUGCUCAAGGGCCCAACAGAGGCAAUGUGAGAGUGCUGGGGCCUAAAUCUGCUGAACUUCUGAUCAGGAAACCAAAAAAAUGUUUCUUAUAUUUUAGUAAAGUUUAUUGGGUUUAAACACAUUAUUAUUAUUAUUAUUAUUAUUAUUAUUAUUAUUAUUAUUAUUAUUAUAUACACAUUAUUUUUAAUGGUUUAGGAUGGCACACUGAGGACUCAAAUUACUUUUAGCCAUAAUAUAUAUACAGUAUAUACACACACACACACACACACACACACACACACAGAGGUAGUAAUUGACGUUUUUUUACGAUAGCUGUACAAAGUAAAUUGUUACGAUAUUAAAAUUUUCACGCACCAUUUAAAUUUUCACACAAUACUUUGGGACGUUGCCAGGAUGUUCGCAUCUCCUGCUUUGUGAGAUGCCAUAGAGUUCAGUUGUUUUGGUUUUAGAGCACAUAUUUUUUGUGUUAUUGGUGUUUUAAAGCCUAAUUUUAGAUCUUAUGUUACUCCAUUUUAUCGCUAUCACUCGACCCUGAAACUGAACGUGUCCGGUUCACGCAUACACGUGUAGUGUAAAGUUUAUACAUUACGGUAGUGUAAAUUACUUUUUACGGAUUACACUAUACUACUCCAUACUGAUCCUCAGACUCCUGGGUAGGCAAGGCCAUGUCUAGACAACAUUUUUUUAAGUUACGAUGUUGUCAUGGCAGAGCUCAACAGUGGCAGCUUGGAAGAUGUUUGGGCUCAAAACCCCCAACCUUCUGAUCAGUAAGUCAGAGCCUAACCACUGAGCUCCCACCUUAAAAAAAAAAAGCAUUGGCACAUAAAAUGUUUUGCUCACAGAUUAUAUUAUAAAUUGUUUUGUGUGUGUGUAUACUUUGUAUAAUCAAACGUAACAGAACAGUAAUAGCUACAUCAUAAUUUCCACACACACAAACACAUGCACACUCGUUAGUUACGGUGUGUUGAUCCGGAGCUCAACAACUCGUAUUUUCUCCAAUCAAAAACAAAUUGUUGUGGUUAAAUAGUUGAAGGUGUUGGUAGGCAACAAGGAAACAGGAGCACCAAAACACAAGCUAGCUAAAAUCUGAGGUAAAUGAUUUAGCCAGCUAGCACACUAUUAUUAUUAUUAUUACAGGGACAAGGUGAAUGGACUCGAAACUUGAUAAAUGACACAAAAUCAUCAGGAAUGUCAAUGUUUCUCCUCAGAGGUGAAUUUUCCACUAAAAUCCUUCUGUUAGCUAAAAUUAUCCUGUUGUUAUACUCAGCAUCCACAAGAUUCUGUGUAAAUAAUUAGUAGCAAUUCAAAGCCAAUGAAUCAUAAUGAUGACUCUUACAUAAACACUAGCUACAUUCAAAGACCACUCCACACACACACACACACACACACACACACUUGUUUUUGUUCUAGCCUUUUCCUAGCGUGAAGCUGCCAUGUCGUAUAUCAGCACAGCAAAAUGACAAAUGUAUUCCGCAUAUUUUCCUUAUCACAUUCCACAUCUAAUGAUUUCUACCUGAACAAAUGCACACGUUUUGCGUAACCUGCCUCAAGACGUCUCGACGGGCGUGAAGAACCGCAUUCCAGCAGCCGUUUAGCGUUUCGGUUAUAUUUCAGCAUGUAAAUUAGCCGUAAAAUGUUUUCAAGGUGCCACUGAAAUUCUCACAGUAGUUGCAAUAUAGACAUUAAUGUGUAAACUAAUGCUCACGUUACAAGUUUUCUCUCUUUUUAUUCCAUUUUAAAGGUUCACGUUCAUGUUCAUAUACACGUUUCAUUGUUCCAAUGGUAUACAAGAUACACUUUUUGGACAAAAAGUAUUGGGACACCUGACUUUUCCAGCCAUAUGUGCUUCUUCUGGUGGAAGAACACCAUUUGGAUGUUCUAGCAUGACAUUUUCCCCUCUCGGAGACAGAAACCCGUUCCACAUGACAAUGCCCCUGUGCACAAUGUAAACUCAGCAAGCUCUGACCUCAAACCUAUGGACAUCUGACCUCAUAAGAUUGGAAGAUUGAAUGAUUUUUGAACAUCUGUUUGCUUUUAUAAUAUCCUCCACUGUUCAAGGAAGAUGUUCCACUAGAUUUUGUGGAGAUUCAUUCAGCCACAAUGGAGUUAGUAAAGUCAGGUACUGAAUGUAGGUGAG